GUGUACACAGAUGUGGGUGGAGCGAAGGAGGCGACAGGACAGCAAUGUCAAGAAGUUUUUCUGUGUCCGCGCUGUCGCGUCUUUUAGCUGAAAAGACAAAAACAAACAACAAAUAAACAGUGGUGUCGACGGAGAAGCGCGAGUCGGACCCGGACACGGCCAUGGACAGUGUGUAUGGAUGGGGCCUGACCCCACUCAACCCAGUCCAAGCUGCAACCCCCUACAUAGAGAUCAUCGAGCAGCCCAAGCAGAGGGGGAUGAGGUUUAGGUAUAAGUGUGAGGGCCGUUCGGCUGGCAGCAUCCCCGGGGAGAAGAGCAACGAAACCACUAAGACCCACCCAGCUAUCAAGGUGCACAACUACAGCGGCCCGCUGCGUGUUCGCAUCUCGUUGGUGACGAAGAACGCGCCCCACAAGCCUCACCCCCACGAACUGGUUGGGAAAGACUGCAAACAUGGCUACUAUGAGGCGGACCUGCAGGAGAGACGGAUACACAGUUUUCAGAACCUGGGCAUACAGUGUGUCAAGAAGAAGGAUGUGAAUGAGGCCAUCACUUGUAGGCUGCAGACCAAUAAUAACCCCUUCAACAUUCCCGAGGCGAAGGUGUGGGAGGAAGAGUUUGACCUGAACUCGGUUCGGCUUUGCUUCCAGGCCUCCAUCACUCUGCCAGCAGGGGAUCUGUUCUCUCUGGACCCCGUGGUGUCGCAGCCCAUCUUUGACAACAGGGCCCCAAACACAGCUGAGCUAAAGAUCUGCCGAGUCAACCGCAACUCUGGAAGCUGCAAAGGAGGGGAUGAAAUCUUUCUGCUGUGUGACAAAGUGCAAAAAGAAGACAUCGAGGUGCGUUUCUUCCAGGACUCCUGGGAGGGGAAGGGCACGUUCUCCCAGGCUGACGUCCACAGGCAGGUGGCCAUUGUGUUCCGCACGCCGCCAUACCGCGACACUAACCUCUCAGAGCCAAUUAGAGUCAAGAUGCAGCUCCGCCGGCCCUCUGACCGCGAGGUCAGCGAGCCAAUGGACUUCCAGUAUCUGCCCGCUGACCCAGAUGAAUACAGGCUGAGUGAGAAGAGGAAGCGUACAGGGGACAUGUUCCAGAGCCUGAAGCUGGGGCCCAUGCUGUCUAGUGUGUCCAUUCCACAAGAUAGACGGCACAUAAGCCCGGCAAGGAGAACAGUCACAGCCAAGGCUCCGUCCCAAGGUGCAGCUGUGCUGCCCCCUGGUGCCAGUGGAGCAAAAGCCCAGCCUUCCUACUCCUAUCAACCAGGCCAGCUCUUCUCAGUCCAGCCCAAGAUGGAGGCCUCCCCCUCCAACUCUGCUGCAGCCUCAAACCAAACCUGGAGGAUCAUGGAGAGCCUGAACCUGGGCUCCCAGCCCAAAGCCACGCCCGUGUCCAACUUUACACUGAGCCAGGCAGCCCCCUCCUGCCCCUCUACCGCCGCUCCCACCACCAACCAAGACUACCCCACCGUCAACCUGUCAGACCUCCAUGAAUUCUUCCCCAACAUUUCCUCGGCCAUGGCCCAGGAGCCUGCACCUUCUCAGGGGAGCGCCGCCUCCUCGCAGCCCAGCGGCUCCUUCACCAUGCACGGCUCUCAGUUCCGGGUGGACGGCGAACUCGCGGACGACGAUAUGCCAGAGUUCCCGAGCUUCUCCGAAGCCCAGGCCUCAGGCGCUCUGGACAACCUAAACAUGGACGACUUUGAGGACCUUCUGAACCCCGCCCUGAUGAGCGAGAGUGGAAACGGCAGCUCCAUGUUGGCUCAAGCUUCGUGCCAACAGGCCGCCCCUCCCAGCUCUUCUUCUGCGGCCCACAGCGCAGCAUCCCAGAACACUUCUGACCCCGCCGGCAUCCCAGGAAGCACCUGGAUGAAUUACCCCAACAGCAUCGUCAACUUGCUCCAGAACGAGGGCAUGAUCGGCAUGGCGUCCAACAACAACAACCACCGGCCCCCCGUGCUGGACGAGUUUGAUGAGUUGAUGUCCGCCGACGAGGAUCGUCUAAUUUCUAUUUUUAAUAGUGGAAGCUAACCUGGGUUUGUGUCGGGACACCCGACUUCAAGCUUAUCCACGUGAAUUGUUUUAAGGACUUAUUUACAUAGUCCACUUGUAUCUGCCCUUUUUACCUUCUGAACUAAAAGUCCUUUGUUGUUAUAAAAGACAAAAAAAGGAAACAAGGUGGAUAUAAUAGGGCUGUAAGAGACGGAAUGUAGCAAAACUGCUCACUGUGGAAACACCAGCAAAGACUCUUAUGGAAUGCUAUUAGAGGGUUUUGCCAGGCCUUUAGAUACAGUUUGACCGAAAAAUGAUAUAAAAGACAGGACUGAACUAGUUCAGAUUUUUUUCUUUUCGCCUUUGUUAAAGCCUUGUACUAUACAGACAAUCUGAUCAGAUUGCAGAAGACAUCUGAGGCCUGUACUCGCGUAUUUUACAUAAGAAGAGCAAACUAUAAUUCUACAUGAAUAUGAAGAACACAGACACUGUUUUACAAGCAAAACACAAUACACUCGCUGCUUCCUAAAACCGGAAGGAAAGCCGGCAAAAAAAUAAAUAAAUAGCCGACACCGUAAAUGCGUAAAUCACAACGCUUAUCAAUAUCACUUCCACAUCAGUCAGACACAAAGAUCUGACCAUAAUUACACUUGUGCUUUCCAUAUCUUCCGUUGCUUUAACCUGUUAUUUCAGUUGCAACCCUGGCAGUGGGAAGCAAUCGUGAGAGCAAAGAAAAAAUAUAAAAACAUAAUUCAAACUGAUGUGUGGCAUUGGCGACACACGGCUCAACAAUGCGACAAAUAGCCUAUACGUAAUUCCCUCCGCUGAAAAUCUGUAUUUCAUAAAAAUAGCGAUCAGGGAACGUUAACGGGGUUGUCGGUCUCUCAAUGUCUGAACUUUUCUGAGCGUACCUCUCUCUCGCUCUCCCUCGCUCUUCCUCCCUGCACCAAGCUCCAUUUGAUCUUCUAAGAACGGUGACGCCGUUAUCAACCGAGUAUUGAUUGGUCGCCAGGCGGUGCUUUUACACCGGUUCUCUAAUCUCCAACAUAACCUGCUCUCGACCAGGUUCAGCGUAAGUUCUCACGGCGAUUGAACCCGGUAACAAUCGAUCCACCGCCAUGGUACACGAAACCCUGGGUUGAACCUGAAGUUACCACAGUAAACGCCAAAUCUUGCCUCGUAGUACAGGCCUCUGUUCUGUGCAACACGUUAAGCAUGUUUUUGUCAUGUGAACAUCUUUGGUCACUCUGAAAUGUGUACGUUUUGGUCUGCCUUUUGAUUUUUAAACAAAGCGGUAGGUGUUAAUCAAGACGUAGAGGUAAGUCUAUGCAAACGAUGCCCAUCGUCCUUGUAAUUAAAUGUCCCCAUGUAUUACUUUGAAACUUAUUUGAAUGUGUCGUGAAGGUCAGCAGUAACUAACUUUCUUACGCAGGUUCCUUUGUUGAGUGUCAACAAAAUGUAGUAGUGAACCAAAUGAAGGUCUACAUAUAAUUAUUAAACAAGCAACAUUUAUAAGUACAUGCUUAUAGCAGAGAAGCUCACACUCGUGGAGCUGUAUCCAAUCUCGUUUUUUGUGUAAUUUCCUCUGGUCUCGAAUCAGUUUUUCUACAGUUAUUUUAUGUAAUAAUGGCUGCAGUUUAACUCAAUAUUUCAGACCUGUAAGUCAACUUGCUUUACUCUGUAGUAAAAGAUGCUGUUUUAUACUGGUAUGAUGUUAGCAGGUUAUGCCAUAUGCCUUUUUGUUGUAAUAAAUGAUUGUCACAAAAAAAUAAAUCCAAAACACUUUUCUUGUCAAUAAAAACCACAACAUAUUAA